CUCCACAGCAAGAGGAAAAGAGUUGAAUCUCCUGAGCAGUUGAUUUUUCUGGUGAAUUGCUUGGACCCCUCUUCAUCUUUUUCACAUUUUCAUGGAGAGGACAUAAUAUGGGGUGAGUUUUAAGGGUUUCCUAUCAGUUCAAUUCCACUUGGAGCCAUCAAAAAUGCCCAGGUCAUCCCUGCUGGUGAGAAAUGCUGAUCUCUAUGAAGAUGUCAACUCAACAGAAGAGCCGGCCACCUUAAUGAGCAACCAAACAAGCCAGGAAAGCUGGUCUGAAGAUGCCUCCCUUGGUUUGGCGACCCUCUGUACUAUUUACGCAGCCUAUGCCACCAUCAUUUCCAUGGGUCUUCUAGGGAACGUCAUCCUUGUCAAAGUCUUCUUCAAGAUCAAAUCCAUGCAGACCGUGCCCAAUAUUUUCAUUACCAGCUUGGCUUUUGGGGAUCUGCUCCUUCUGUUGACCUGCGUGCCGGUGGACGCUGCCUGUUACAUCGUGGAUACUUGGUUGUUCGGACGAAUCGGCUGUAAACUCUUGUCUUUUAUUCAACGAACCUCCGUGGGGGUAUCCGUAUUCACGCUGACGGUCCUCAGCGCUGACAGAUACAAGGCAAUUGUGAAACCCUUGGAGCUCCACUCGGAUGCCGUUCUGAAGACCUGCUGCAAAGUUGCUUGCAUCUGGAUCGUCUCCAUGUUAUUUGCCGCUCCGGAAGCCGUAUCUUCCGAUCUCUAUACUUUCCACCUGCCCGAGAAGAACACCACGCUCGAAACCUGCGCCCCGUAUCCUGUCUCUGAACGUGUCCUGCAGGAAGUCCACUCGCUGGUUUGCUUCUUGAUCUUCUACAUCUUACCCCUAGCGAUCAUAUCUAUCUACUACUUCCUGAUUGCCAAGACCCUCUACAAAAGCACAUCCAGUAUGCCCGCAGAAGAGCAAGGUCACGCUCGUAAGCAGAUUGAAUCCCGCAAGCGAGUGGCCAAAACCGUGCUCGUUUUAGUAGGCUUGUUUGCCUUCUGCUGGCUCCCUAACCACAUUCUUUACCUGUACCGUUCGUUCACCUACCACACUUCCAUAGACACGUCCACUUUCCAUCUGGUGGCCACCAUCUUCUCCCGGGCGCUGGCCUUCAGCAAUUCCUGCGUCAACCCCUUCGCUCUCUACUGGCUGAGUAAAAGCUUCCGCCAACAUUUCAAGAAGGAAAUCUCGUGCUGCAAAGCCAAGAUGCCCGUCAGAAGAGCCAGCCUCACUCAGGCCCACACCCCGAGCAGAGCCAUGUCAGUCACGGGCUCGGAAAUCAGCGUCACUUUGCUCACGGAUUAUAGCAUCACCAAAGAAGAGGAGAGCGUUUAAUUGUACUUCGUCCCGCUAGAUCGACCGGCAAGAUCCAGAAAAUUGCCGAAGGUAAAUGAGGAGCUUCUUGUACUGGGCAGAAAUCUUCCCAAUGCAUCUUUAAGAUCUCACACCUCAGCAUCAGAGAACUUUGCUGCAAAUCACAGCCGCCUGUUUCACACAUGCACACAUCUCAGUGUGGUUUUCCUCCCAAGCUGCCUUCCCAGGCAUGUUCAACUUAAUCAAACCCCGCAUAUUCCCUUGGCCAGUGGUGAAAUCCAUUUUUGGUGGGCGUGGUGUGGCUUGGUGGGUGUGGCAGGGGAAGGAUAUUGCAAAACCUCCAUUCCCAUCCCACUCCUGGGGGAAGGAUAUUGCAAAAUCUCCAUUUCCAUCACACUCUGGGGCCAGCCACGAGGUGGUAUUUGCCGGUUCUCCAAACUACUCAAAAUUUCCGCUACCGGUUCUCCAGAACCUGUCAGAACCUGCUGGAUUUCACCCCUGCCCUUGGCCCUUGCAAGGAGAAGCAAGAACUUGGGUGGCUUUAGAUCAGGGUACAGAACAUUGGAAGCUGCGUAAGAAGGAAAGGAUGAGCUGUUAUCUGGCAACUGCAGGAGGAGAAAAGGGCUGGCUAGCAGCUCAAAUAGCAUUACCAGAAUCGCAGAGUUGGAAGGGACCUUGGAGGUCUUCUAGUCCAACCCCUUGGUCAAGCAGGAGGAGACUUUCUACAAUUUCAGACCAACGGUUGUCCGAUCUCUUCUUAAAAACCUCCAGUGCUGGAGCACUGACAACUUCUGGAGGCAAGUCGUUCCGACUGUUUAUUCUUCUCACUUGUCGGGAAAUUUCUCUUUACUUCCAGGUUGCUUCUCUCCUGGAUUAGUUUCCAUCCACUGUUUCUUGCAUUAGAAAGAGAUACGGAGGUUUCAUGAAAAAAAAACAACCAACGGAUUAGCAUCAAUUAGUCAUAAAGUGGCACAUACACCGUCAGAAUCCUCCCAGCAAAUAUAUAUACUGCUUGCAAAUAAUGGGCAAUAAGCCCUUCCCUUCAUAUUCUGCUUCUGAAGACAUUGGCUUCUGCAUUCAAGGCCAUUAUGGAGAUACACAGUAGGGGCCAAAAUUGUGGAAACCUUUUGGGAAAAGUGUAUUUUCUAAAACUGGCUAAUAACAUCACUUCUUUGGGUAGUACCAUAAAAUUAUAUAUCCAUGGAAAGAUAAUUUAAUCAAGAAUGUAAUGCAAUCACUUUCAUGAAGGAUUUGCUAAUAGAAUAGCAGUUACGGUAUAAAGAAGAAAAGUGAAACACGUAGAAAAAACGAGAGAUACAAAAAUGAUCACCAUAGAAAAAACGAGAUAUGCAAAAAUGAUCCCCAUGUCAGUUAAUCGUUAGUUGGGUAACCUUUAGCAUGAAUGAUGGCCUUCCAACAUCUUCCCAUGGAGUGAACCAAGUCUUUUAAUUCUGCAGCUGUUCUAAUGUGAAACCAAGAUUGAAGGAUUGCUUCUAUUAACUGGGUUUUAUUGCUGGGUCGCUUCUGACUAACAAGUUUCUUUAGUCGGCUCCAUAGAUUUUCCAUUGGAUUAAGAAGGUCUGGGCUCUUCCCAGGCCAUUCCAGCAGUGGAAUAGGAUUAUCUUGAAACUCCCCCAAAAAGUAGUGUUAUUAGCCAUCCAACCUCAAAAAUACACUUUUCCCAAAAGGUUUUCACAAUUUUGGCCACUACUGUAUGAAAUACGGGAGGUAAUACUCUAAGCCAGCCUAUUUAUGAAGGUUGCCGCAUCCUGGAGUCAUGUCAUUAUCGUCAUCCGUGAUCAUCUCAGGAGGCUUCUAACACACAAAGUCAAUGGUGGGGUGGGGGAAGGGAAGCCAUAUUCGCUUAAGGACUGCAUGAUUUGCUUAAGCCCUGUGGCUGAAAAAGUCAUUAAAAUCAGGCACAACACAUUUCACAAGCACAUCGCUUCACGAUGAAAAAUUCUGGUGGCCGUUAAGUGGAGAACUGCCUGUAACGUCCUUACCCCUUUCUUGAAUGAAGUAAGAGGUUUGCAUUUAUCAUUAAAAAGCAUCGUACUGCAACCUUGUUGUGAAAUUUAAAUGGUUAAGUGGCCCUAAUAAAGCUUGCUUUCAGUACAGGAAA